UUCAUCAAAUUAAAACCCCUAACCUGACUACGACUCCCAGACUCCUCUGCGGCUGUUUGGUGUUACGUUGAAAUGGGUACUUCCUGUGUUUUGCAGCUGGUUUCCAUGUUAUAUCAGCUGGUUCUGCUUUGACAUGUUACCUAACAAAGUUACCGGUUACUGUGGUAACUUUGCUCAUUAAAAAGGUAAAGUUAAUAACUGUAUAAAUAUUUGCGCGCUGCUUUUUGUUGCUGUGGUUUUGAACUCUUUAAACAGUCGCUCGUCGUUCAGAUGCGGCUGCCGCUGCGCCUCUUCCCGUCUCUCGCCGCUCCUGUCCGGACAGCCUCCUCUGUCCCCGCCGGGAAGCUCCAUUUCGUCCCCGCUUGCAGCACCGCCGAUGCCCGCUCUCUGGAGCUGCUGCAGGACUUUGUGUCCCGGUCCAGGCGGCUGUUUGUGGUCACCGGGGCGGGUCUGUCCACGGAGUCGGGCAUCCCGGACUACCGCUCGGAGGGCGUCGGGUUGUACGCCCGCACCGACAGGAGACCGAUGCAGCACGCGGAGUUCACCCGCAGCGCCAAGGCCCGACAGAGAUACUGGGCCAGAAACUUCGUCGGGUGGCCGCAGUUCUCCUCCCACCAGCCCAACUGUGCCCACCGGGCUCUGCGGAGCUGGGAGGAGAAGGGGAAGCUGCACUGGCUCGUCACCCAGAAUGUGGACGCCCUCCAUUCCAAGGCAGGACAGACACGGAUGACGGAGCUGCACGGCUGCGCCCACAGGGUAACAUGUCUUGGCUGUGGCAGCAUCACCGCGCGGGAGCAGCUGCAGAGGCGGUUUGUCUCAUUGAACCCGGAUUGGAGCGCUCAGGCCGGAGCCGUGGCUCCGGAUGGCGACGUCUUCUUAGAGGACGAGCAGGUCCUGAACUUCAGGGUCCCGUCCUGUGAGCGGUGUGGGGGGAUACUGAAGCCAGAAGUUACAUUUUUCGGAGACACGGUGGCCAAAGCAACAGUGGAAUUUGUGCAGGAGAGACUGGCAGAGGCGGACGCAGUGCUGGUGAUCGGCUCAUCGCUGCAGGUGUACUCGGGAUACAGAGUUCUACUUGCAGCGAGCGACAAGAAGAUGCCGAUCGCCAUCCUGAACAUUGGACCCACAAGAGCAGAUCACCUGGCAGAGCUGAAAGUGAAGGGCCGCUGUGGUGAAGUUCUGUCAGUCAUCCAGCCCCUCUGACCCCAGGGACGGGUUUAGAGUCGUCUCUGCUCUGCUGACUGAACUAACUCAGACAUUAGUAAAGGAUCAUCAGAAUGAAGAGACGUGAAAGGACCGACUAGAGAGCAAGAACUGCCGUCCUGUCAGCACUUUCCACAUCGCUGGAGAAAAAAUAAAAACGGUUUCAUAAGUCCAACUUGGGAGUAACGGGAAAGCUCGAACUGUGUUUGGUUUGUUUGUUUGACUUGGAGCUGAACACGACGAGGAGCCGUGUCACGUCUUAGAAUGUACACAGUUCUUUAGAGGUGCUGCUUUAAAAUGCAACGUUUCUUUGUCUACAGCGACUUACUUAUAUUUGGAGAAGAGCAAGUAGCUUCCAAAGUAUGAAUACUUAUUUCCGAAAUGCAAUAAUUUAAAUGCAACUGCUGUCACAGUGCAAUUAAAGACUUUAAAUUCA